AUGUUGAGUUCUUUAUUUGAGUUAUUCUCGCAUUUUCUUGUACGUCUGGUGAUCGACAUGCCACUCCGCAGUUUCUUCCCAGUUGAGGAUCGUCAGCAAAUUCGCCCGACUCUCCGCGAAGCGUUCCUAAAGCUGACCACACUCGAAGAAUUCACCAGUACACGAGACGAGCUGUUCCUGGACAUUUGCUUUGACGAAGGCGAUGAAUUUGUGGUUCAGCCUCUAGUAUGGUCAUUCUGGCCUCAGUUAAAGCAUUUGGCCCUCUACAACGUGGACAUGGAAGACCAGACUUUCAUUGACAGCCUAAAGAAACUGGGGAAGCUUGAGGUCCUGGUCCUCACUCGUGCAGAUGGAGAAGAAGACACAUGCACAAAGAGUCUUCUAACCAUCAAGGGACUGAGGCGGCUGUCGAUCGUCAAUAUUGCAACUUUUCAUCCUCAGCAACCUCCCAUCUCCGGCCCAGCAAGGAAGCCGACGGUGAGCGAUGAAGGCGAAAGUCAAGGUGCCGAGCUAGUCAGAAUCAGUGUGCCAACUCUUCAAGAUAGCGCCGAACAAGAGGUUGAAAUCUGUCAGGCUUGGACCCGAGAUCAUGCGAUUGAUGGAACACUUUGGCAUUACACAGACGGACAUGAUUGA